AUUUUAAUUUUAGGUUACAACUAAAGAGCGUCGCACCAUUGUGUUGAAUGUGAGCGAAGCAAUGAAGCGGAAGAGCUCCGAGCAGGUAUCGAAAGACAACAAUGCCGCCGAUCCAACUUCAAUCUCCAGUCUUCACCUUACUCACAAAGCUCUUUCCGAUGUAUCAUAUUUGGCCAGCUUCAAUGACUUGGAGAAGCUUGACCUAACGUUCAACAAUCUCACUUCACUUGAGGGUUUGAGAGGUUGUGUUAAUUUGAAGUGGUUAUCUGUUGUGGAAAAUAAAUUAGAAAGCUUAGAAGGGAUUCAAGCACUUACUAAGCUCACUGUAUUAAAUGCGGGGAAAAAUAAACUCAAGUCUAUGGAUCAGAUUGCGUCACUUACUACCAUCCGUGCACUGAUUUUGAACGACAAUGAGAUUAACUCCAUUUGCAAACUUGAUCAGAUGAAAGAAUUGAAAACUCUCGUUCUAUCCAAAAAUCCUAUCCGUAAAAUUGGUGAUGCUCUGAAGAAGGUGAAUUCUAUCAAAAAGCUUUCCCUUUCUCAUUGUCAGCUUCAGGGUAUUGACACUUCCCUCAAGUCUUGUGUUCGAUUGACCGAGCUUCGUCUUGCUCACAAUGACAUUAAGUCUCUCCCGGAAGAAUUAGUGCACAAUUCAAAGCUUAAGAAUAUAGAUUUGGGGAAUAAUGUGAUCGCAAAAUGGUCAGAAUUAAAGGUGCUCGAAUCACUCACCAAUCUGAGAAAUCUCAAUUUACAAGGAAAUCCUGUUGCUUCAAUUGAGAAAGUUACAAGAAAGAUUACUACUGCACUACCAAAGCUACGAGUAUUCAAUGCCAAACCUUUAGACAAAAAUGCCAAGAAUGAUAAAGUUCAUAUAGCAAAUUAUGCUCGCGAUUUUUCAUUAGAUCAUAUGAGUCAAAAUAACGAUGAUCUUCUUGAAGCUUCCGACAAAAAAAAGUCCAGUAAAAAGAGAAAGAAAACUGUUGAUAUUUCUGAGGAAGCCGGGGUCCUUGAUAAGGAAAAUACCGGUCAUAGCAAGGAUAAUGGAGAUAGAGAGAAAGACAAACUUAUCGGCUCUGUUGAUCUUGAAACGAAGAAUAAAUCAUCUAAGAAAAAGAAAAGAAAGGAUGAAAAGCCCUCGGACAAGGCUUUGGCUCCUGAGGACAAAAAAAAGAAGAAUCAAAAGAAUGAGAAACGAAGUCAAUUUGAUAUUAUUGAUGAUGCAGAAACUUCAUUUCUGGACCUUUUUAACAUCGAGGAUGAACAGAGUUUGAAUCAUGGUGGUGAAAUGAAAUUGAAGGACAAAAUGGCUAAGGAUUUGAAACUGUUAGGCAGCGUAGAGACCUCACCUGUCAAGCAUAAGAGUGCGAAAAUGCAUAACACGGAGUCGCUAUCAUCUCCAAUAAUAGAAAUCGGAAUGGGAGGGCAAUCAACAUGGGAUGAUUAGUGAUAUCAUAUGAUAUGCUGAUAUGCUUAAAAUUAAAACCCUACAAUUUUUGAUUAUGUAUUGCUCAAGGUGAGCUCAGUUAUUUUCUGCUUCAGUUCUUGACUUUUUGAUCAGUAUGAAUCGAACUUGGUACUCCGGGGUUUACAAUGCCCAUUGUGCACCAACCACUUGCUCUUUAUUCCAAGGGUUGCUAAUUUGUGAAAUGCACAUCAGAUUCAGGUCUUGUGACGGUGGUGGUAUCUUUAGAUUUAACCAACAGCUUUCUUGCUCUUUCCAUUAUUUAAUGAGUUGUAUGAAACUAGUUACUUCAAAUGAACUUAUUCGUGUAUGAAA